AAUUAAUAACCUGUGGAAUUCAGAAACCCAAGGCUGUCUGUAGUAAAACACCAGCCACGUAGCAUUCUCUUUCUCUCUCGGAAACAUUUCAGACGUUGUUUUUUUUUAUAUAUUGGGAGUAAAAACAUGGCUGAGCAAAUGUCUCCAGACUACUUUAACUGUCCUCUAUGUACGGAGCUCCUGAGGGACCCGGUGGCGAUUCCCUGCGGGCACAGCUUCUGCAUGGACUGUAUCAGUGGAUACUGGAACGAGGCCGACUACACCGGCAUCUACAUCUGUCCCCAGUGUCGGAUCACAUUCACCCAGAGACCCGUUCUCAGGCCGAAUGCCACUCUCACCAAAGUUGCGGAGAAGAUCAAGAAGACUGGCUUAAAUUUAACGCCUCCCAGUAAUGGAAGCUGCGCUGGGCCUGGGGACGUUCCCUGUGAUUUCUGCACUGGACAAAAGCUCAAGGCGGUCAAGUCCUGCCUUAAUUGCCUCGCUUCUUAUUGCGAAAAGCACCUGAAGCCCCACUAUGAGUCUGCCACCUUCAAGAGGCACAAGCUGGUGGAUGAGCUGGGGAACCUGGACCGUAAGAUCUGCCCUCAGCACCAGAAGAGCCUAGAGUUGUUCUGUCGCACUGACCAGAUGUGUAUUUGCGCCCUCUGUACUGUCAGCGAGCACAAGGGGCAUGACAUAGUGUCAGCCGAAGCAGAAAGAGGGGAAAAACAGAAACUUCUUGGAGUGUCCCAAGCAGAGAUCAAACAGAAAUGUCAGCAGAGGACCAAAGAACUGGAGGAGCUGAAGACAGCAGUGGACUCUCUCAAAGGCUCUGCACAAAGAGCAAUGGCCGAAAGCAAGAAGAUGUUUGACGAGAUGAUCACAUCCAUCGAGAGGAUGAGGUCAGAGGUCACUAAAAUGAUCAACAUCAAUGAAAGGGCUGCAUUCAGUCAGGCAGAGGGACUGAUGGAGCGACUGGAGCAGGAGAUUGACGAACUCAAGAAGAAAGAAACUGGUCUUAAACAGCUUUACAGCACAGAGGAUCAUAUCCACUUCUUACAGAACUUCAAUUAUCUCUGCACCCCGACUGAUGACGGCUUCAUACCCCGAGUGACUCUAAAUCCAGACUUCUCGUUCAGUUCAGCCAGAAAAGCUGUAGCUGAGAUCAAAGAGAGACUGGAGGAGCUGGGCAGAGACGAACUGCGAAAAAUCUCAAAAUCAGUGAAUGAAGUACCAGUUUACACUGUGGAGAAUCGCUCCAAGGAAAAGACUGCCAGAGCUAAAGAAAUUCAUACAGUGGACAGUUCACCUCCUGUAGAACCUAAGACCAGAUCUGAGUUUCUGAAAUACUACUGUCAGCUGAAACUAGACUCGCAUACGGCACAUAAGGAGCUGUACUUAUCUGAAGGAAGCAAGAAGGUGAUUCGCACCCGGGACCUGCAGCCGUACUCUGACAACCAAGAUCGCUUCGAUAGCUUUGCUCAAGUUCUGUGUCGUGAGGGUCUGUCUGGUGGCCGCUACUACUGGGAAGUGGAGUGGAGUGGGGAAUUCUCCAUCGGAGUGGCCUAUCGGGGCAUUAGCCGUAAAGGUAAAGGCUCUCUGUGUUUGCUCGGCUACAACGAUAAGUCCUGGAGCCUUCUCUGCUCUGACACUGGGUACUCGGCCUGGCAUAACAGGGCAGACAAGGCUGUUAGUGGCCCUCACUCUUCCAGAAUAGGUGUCUUCCUGGACCACUCUGCAGGGGUUUUGUCCUUCUACAGUAUCGGUGAUACUAUGACACGUCUGUAUCGGUUCGAGACCACAUUCACCGAGCCCCUCUAUCCUGGGUUUGGUGUUGGAACGUCAGUCAAGAUCUGCCAAUUGAAAUGAACACUGCAUGAGAUGUGUGCUUUUUAUUAUUAAGAAUCUGAAGUGAUGGACUGACAUUUUUGAUCUUUGUUGAAUGAUUUUGUAUUUGUUUUUUUACUCUGGCUUUUGUGUUGAAUGUCAUCUGUAAGCUGUCGUUUAAAUAAUUUUAACAGGUUCAGGAAGGAUCAAAUAACUUUUCAGUAAUGACACUAUACACAAGCUGUGUACUUUUCUCUUAAAUGAAGGUAUAAUUGAUGGACAUUCUUUCCCAAGUUGAUAAAAUCUUCUUCAGUUGAAUAUUACAUUGAAAUCUCACCAUGUGUGUAUCCAAAUGCAAGACCUAUUGUUAUUGUAAAGCAACAUUAUUCAGCAAUGACUUCAUAUUUCAAUAAAGUUGUUAUACAUA